UAACUAGUAAAAAAACAUGACUAAAAUUGUACAGUAGGGUUAACGUUGAGAGUGUUUGACGUUAGCAGUAUCAAGCAGCUUUGACAUAUAAACAUACGUCAAUAAAUUGAUAGUAAACACAAUAAAUAUAAGUACAAUAUUUACAUAUUAAUAGCAAUAAUUAAAUACAAAUUAAUAUAAGUUAAAAUAAAAAAAAAACAUAAACGUCAAAAUGAUGUCUGGUCGCUUACCUGUUUCUGAAAACUUACUUGGCCUAUCAUGGCAUGAUAGUGCCUGGAUACCAAUAUUAAAUCCAACCAACAUCAUGGAUUAUUUUUCUGAACGAAGUAAUCCAUUUUUUGACAGAACUUGUAACAAUGAAAUUGUUAAAAUGCAACGUUUAAAUCCAGAACAACUUCAAAACAUGACUGGACUUGAGUAUAUUCUUCUUCAUGUUCAAGAGCCAAUUUUGUAUGUCAUAAGAAAACAACAUCGUUAUUCACCAACUCAAGCAACUCCUUUGGCAGAUUAUUAUAUAAUUGCUGGAAUUGUUUAUCAAGCACCAGAUCUUGCUUCUGUUGUUAAUUCUCGACUUCUAUCAACAAUUCAUCAUUUACAAUCAGCUUUUGAUGAGUCUAGUUCAUGCUCAAGAUAUCAUCCAAGCAAAGGUUACUCAUGGGACUUUAGAAAUGGCAAAGUAUUAACAGCAAAAAAAGAAACAUCAUCAAGAGAAGAACCAAGUUCACUAUUUCAACGUCAAAGAGUUGAUAUGUUACUUGCUGAAAUAACACGUAAAUUUCCAUUACCAGUUCCAAAACCAACUCCACCACUUACUGAACAAGUUGAAAAUAAACAAGAAAUUAAAACUGAAAAAAAAGAAAUGAAACCACCACCAGAAAGAAAAUCAAGAGUCAAUUAAUGUGAUAUACAACUGUAGAAAAAUUAAAUAUAAUUAAUUUUUUUCUAUGUAAAUUGAACUUUUCAAAUUUUAAAUAAAUAUACUUAUCAAUUUUUUUUAUCAAUCAAGUAAAUCAAA